AUUCGGUAUGAAGCAUCGAUUUCAAUUGGUCCUUCGGUUUUUCUCUGCACUAAUUUUUAGCACGUUUUCAGUACUACGGCCGAAAAUUGAUUAAGCAAAAAUUAAAAUGACGUUUGAAACCCAAACGGCAUAGGUACCAAUAUUUUCUUUCUUGCAAUAUCUAUUUUUGAUCGGAGUAUUAGCUAGCAAAGCUAAUUGGGUAAUGUUUCGAAAUAUAAAUAUUGGAGGGAGGGGGUGACAAAAAAAUCACGUUUCGCAGGCAGUGCGCUCCUCGUAUUUUAAAAGGUUCGGGCAUUCUUAAAUGUUAUUCUGUUUGAAGGAUAUUCCUCCACAAAAACUGAAUCAAGCUCCUCUGAAUGAAGAGUUUGAAAAUUCGGCCACAUUCGAUUAUUUGAUGAAUUUGUUUUUACUAAUUUCGUAACUUAUUGCAAAUUUAAAUUUAAGUAUAAUCUCUUGAAAAAGAUCGCAGAGUUGACGGAUUUUCUAGAAUAACUUUUAUCUGUGAAAAAUACAAUGCUUUUGCUAGAAUAUAUGGGUAUAGUUUGUAUUUGAAUUAUUUGAACAUUUUCGCACAGAAAAGUUUAUUUUAAAUACAUGUUUCAAAAAUCAAUGUCUCACUUUGCCCUAAGGCCCGUUUUCUCCAACGUUAAUCUGAGUUUAAACUCGGUUCAUCCUAUCUCGAAACUAUAUGGAAAAAAUUGAACUGAGUUUGAACCGCGUCGGAGAAAACGGCCAUAACCCAUUGACCCUAUUUUCAUCAACAUUUUUCUGUACAUAGAUGGAUAUAGAUGUACAAAGGGGAAAACUAUUCAAUUUUUCAAACGUACAUAAUAGAUGAAAAAGAAGGUGUAAGAGUGUAUCGUUGUAGGACUCGGUACAUCGAAAAUCAAUAAAGCGCAACUCGCGAUCAGAGCAGCUGCAGUUCCUAACCGAGGUGUCCAUAUUUUAUUGUGCUAACGCGGGAUAAGAUCCUGUAUUGUCCAUCUCGCUCGAUCACUUCCUUUCUCGUGUACCCGAGAGAGGUUAUGUUACUCGAAAUUUCACGAUGUUAUGUUACAAGAGCGAGAGAAACGAAAAUUCCGUUCUAUUUAUAGUGAAAAGAAAAAUCGAGGAGAUAUUCCUUGAGUAAGAAGAGCGAGCAUCUCGCGUGGCUAAAAUGAGUCCAGAACUCCUUCAAAAGAACAUAAUAGUCGCACGAUAGCGAGUGUUAAGAACAAAAAGAUUCUAUAGUGGGCAUUAGUGCGAUUUAGCUCGGAGGAAAAUGGGUAGGAAGAAACCUCAUCCUUCGUCGAAAGGUAAACAUCAUCAAAAUCAUCAGUCUCAACAAAAAAGAACUGAUUCCAAUCCGAAAAAGAAUGAGAGCAAUGUUUUGUGUGAAAAACUUUUUCGACUCUGCAGCGAUCCUGUCGAUGUAGCUCGUCUAUGGAAUAAUUAUAUCGAACUGACACAAGUUCUUGAUGAUAUUAAUCGUCUUGCAGAGAUGAAGACUCGCGAGACCAAGAGAUCUCAAGCUACUGAAAGUUUUCUUCAAUGGCUCAAAGAAAACAAUGCCAAUGUCGAUAGCGCUGCAUUAUCAGAAUUUUCAGGCUACGACAUGGGCCUCAAAGCCAAUAAAGAUUUUGCUGCUGGUGAAAUCAUUCUCGAAAUCCCUGGAAGUAUUAUUCUCAGCACCGAAACAGCUGCUCCAGAAUUAUCGGCCCUUCAAAAUGAUCCUUUAAUACAACAUAUGCCUCAAGUUGCUCUUGCCAUUGCUCUUCUCGUCGAACGACAUAAAGACAAUUCAAAGUGGAAACCCUAUUUGGAUAUUUUGCCCAAUACUUACUGUACCGUUCUUUACAUGAGCGCCCUUGAACUCGGUGAACUUAAGGGCAGUCCAACUCUUGAACCAGCAUUGAAGCAGAGCCGAAAUAUCGUGAGACAAUUCGCGUAUUUCUCGCAGAUGUUUUACAACACCCGGAAUCCAGUUUCCGACCUACUGAGGCCUUAUUUCAAUUGGGAAGAAUAUCGCUGGGCAGUAUCCACGGUUAUGACCAGGCAGAAUCUCAUACCAAGCAAAAAUGGAACACAGAUGAUACAUGCGUUAAUCCCUAUGUGGGACAUGUGCAAUCACGAGGAGGGCGAAAUAACAACCGAUUUCAAUCUGACUUCAGACACUUGCGUCUGUUACGCUAAGAGAUCAUUCACGCAGGGCGAGCAAAUAUUCAUAAAUUACGGACCACGAACAAAUUCUGAUUUUUUUGUACACUCGGGCUUUGUUUAUCCGGAUAAUAAGAAUGACGGUUUUAAACUACGGCUUGGGAUCAGCAAAGCUGAUAAUUUGUAUACGGAUCGCAUAAACUUGCUCGAGAAACUGGGCUUCACCGCGCCCACCGUUACGUUUUUGUUGAUGUCCGGCUCUGAACCUAUCACUGAAGAAAUGCUCGCUUUUCUCCGUGUCUUCAGCAUGAGGAAAGCCGAGCUUGAUCAUUGGCUACAAUCUGACAAAGUUUUUGAUCUCAAACAUCGCGAUUGUGCACUCGACACUGUCGUCGAGGAGAAUGUGAGAAAAUUCUUGCUCACGCGAUUGAAACUCCUCGUUGCUAACUAUCCCACGACCCUUGAGGAGGAUCUUGUACUGGUUACGACUCCAAUGACUCGGGAAAGAAUGAUGCCUAUACAAUUGAGAAUACUGGAAAAAAGGAUACUUCUCGGUGCUCUCGAUUACGUUGAGCAGUGGAUGAAAGCCUAAACUCUAUGAAAAACUGUGACAUAAUCGUAUGGUACAAAAUUUCGGAGUUUCUUUUACCCCCGAGCGCACUAACGUUUGACAAUGUCAAAAAAAAAAAUCUGAAAGAAGGAAACGGAUUAUUUAUUCGAAUAAAGAAUGAGAAAGACUUAUCAAAUUCGCAACCGAUGUGAUAGUGCGCUCAAUCACUGAAAAAAGUUUGUAGGCGACGGAAGAACUUCUCUAACGAUUCCAUCUUUAGUAGCUUCGAACUUUCGUAACUUACGAUUAACGUUUAACGCUUGUAUGUUUAGAUAAAGCACAGGGUGUUUCGAUUCUUUGCCUUGUAAAAACAAAAACAAAUUUCAUUUUUCAAUACUAAAUUUUCGCGCGCGAUAUAGCCUACCACCGUAUGUUUGCUGUAAAAUACUUAAUUGCGUGUCGCAUUCGUCAAUAACACACUAAAAUUCAAAAAUAUAAGAGUAAAAAUAAAAGUUAAUGAACAUGUGUGUUUAAUUAUCGUAUGAUGCAACAUGCUUUUGUUGCGUUGCGUUAACUAUUAAUUGUAUUUAUGCGAAUUUUAUGUACUCAAAUGUUUUGAAAAAAAAUAAUAAAAAAUGAAAAACGAUGAA